AUGAUUGAAGCUGUCAAUGGGAAGAAGAUUUCCGAUUAUACUGAAUAUGAAAAUGAAGAUGAAAUCAUCUUACGACUAGGCUCACAAUUUCGUGUGAAGAGUGACGUUUUCAAACAAUCGAAUGGAUCAUAUCUUGUGCGUUUAAUUGAACUUGGUGAAAACAAUAAUCAACCAUUAGCAGCACCUAUGAAUCAAAUACAAUUUAGACAAGCAACGUUGCAAAAAAGUACAUUGAGUGAGUUCAUAAAUAUAAUUUUUUUUCUGAUGAUAUUAACAUAUUGCAUGAUGACUGUCUUUAAAAGUAGAUCAUAGACAAAUGAAAACUACCGAAACUAUUUAUUUCCACAUAGGUUGAGUUGCAUCAACUGAACUAUUUAGUAUCAAAAUAGAGUCGACUCAUUGUUAAUGUAUGUCAAUGAUUUAAUUCAUUAUAUGAAUCCAAUCAGUAAAAGAUAGAAAUACCAAAUUAUAAUUGUCGUUCAAAUCUAUCCAAAUCAUGUCUGUAUCCUAUUGAAUGAAGUCGUUGUCUAAUGUAUUGAAAAUCUAAUUCUAAUUUUUAUCGUUGUUGAAUUCCUCUAGAAAUUAUCUUUCAUCAAAAAGUUCUAUUAUAUCCAACACAUAGACUCUCUCUGUUUAUAAUAAAGAUGUGUUUUCAUACACAGUAUUUUUUUAUGAUAGAUACAGGAUAUCGACAAUUUGAUAGAAGUAUGCCUCCAGAGGUUUUACAUUUUGUUUCUUAGUGAACCGUCGUAAGCUAUCAACUUAAAUGCUAGUAUAAAAUGUGUGGGUGUUAGCGUCUUCUUCAUUCACGCCCAAAUUCAUACUGACACUUGAAUCUAUUCGUCCACUGUCUACUCAAUCAAUGCUAGAUAUGUAUAGAAGGAUUAUUUUUCGAUACGAUAAUCAUGUUGUUGCGUUGCCUGGUAACAUCUUUCUACAUCUAAUUACACUAUGCUGAAAUUUACUCAGCGAAAAUUGUCUAAGCUUGACAUCUUAUUUUAGAGAUGAAAACAAAGUGAAAUAUGUCAUAGUGCAAGUUAUGAACAUGACUUACAUGAUUUAAAAAAACACAAGGAACUAAGACUAUAUAGCACUCUGACAUCAAUCAUUUUUGUAGUUUUUUCCUUUUUUAUUAUUUCCUUCUUAUCUCAAGUUAUGCAUGGUUCGCAUUAUAGUAUACUAUAUUAGUGUGUUUGGCAAGUUAACUGUUUUUUUUUCUACUCUUAUCUUCUGUAGAAUUAUACCACAUUCAACUAUACAAAAGUGUCUUCUUAUUCUUUUAUAGCAAGAAAACAUUCUUAGGCAUUGUUGAAUAGAGUAUAUCUCAAGAAACAAACUGUUGAUGAUUCUCAAUAGAAAAUAGUGAUGAGAAUUAGUUUAUUUUCCUUUUGUAUCUAUAUGCAUCGUUUUUCUCACAUUAGUUUUAACUAUUGUAAUAAUCGAUGAAUAACUAUUGAGGGUGAGGGUGUGGGUGUGGGUGUGGGUGUGGGUGUGUGAAUGUGUUUGGGUAUGAGUGUGGGUGUACAUGUUUGUUGCACCCAUACCCACCCACCCCACACCCACCACGCACACCCACACCCACUCACGCCCUGAUGUUCAAAGUAAAUAUAUCAAAAGAUGCAGCAAGCUCUGAGUUUUCUUCCUAUAUAUAAUAAGUUUAAAAACAAACAAGCUAUGGCAAUGAAAAUACAAAAACUGAAAGAGUAUACUUUCAAUUUACGUGGACUGUAUAUUCAACGAACAUUUAAAGAUUUUGAACAUCAUGAAGUAAUGUUUUAUAUUAAUUAUUUUCCAGGAGAUAAAAAUGGGUCAAUGUCAUAUCUAUUCUUGACCGUAUAUGAUGAAGUAUUUCUCAAGACUUAUAAAUAGUUUUUCAAGCAGACUGCUUCCAUUUGUUGAGAAAGUGUUCCUAUAUGAUGAACGUCCUUUUGAACAAGAGUUUUUCAUUCGAAUUAGUCAAUCCUCUCCAUAUCUUAAAAUUCUUGAUUAUAGACAAUCAGUUACCACAAAAUGAUAAAUAUGACCAACAAGUCAAUAAAGACAAUCGAAAAUUUCCAAUUAUAAAAUAUUGCCAUCUUAUUCAACUUCAUCUUUUUCUGCACUCAUAAUGAUCAUAUUGCACAAGCUUUAGCUGCCACAAAAACGUUUUUAUCAAACAAUAUUCUUCUUGGUGUUGGGUAUAAUUGUCUAAAAAGGGUAACCCACAAUUUUAUAAGAGAUACAACAUAAAUGAAUUGUAGAAAAAUCAGACAUUUACCGAUUAAUGAUAAAGAAAUCGAUUUUCCCACACAUAAUCAUAUGUAUUUUCCUAACUUAGAAAAAUGGCGAAUUUUUCUUAGAUUAAUUUAAAAACCAGGUCAAAUGAAAAUUUGAAGUUUUUUUCAAAUCAUUCUAAUUAUAUUUCUUGUAAACAGUUGAAAAUAUCGGUAAAUUAGUUAAGUUUGCGAAAAACAAUCUUCCUUUUUGCAUUAAAUACGUAAACUUAGCGUAAAACUCUCUCGUUUAUUGCCUUUUUUUUGUUUUUUCCGAAUAGAAAAGUACAAUUCUAUUGAGAAUACGAAGGGUAUGAAUCGAACUGGAGUUCGCGUCUGAAAAAAUCUCGUGAACCGAAUCCAGGUUCAAAACUUUUGAACUCGACGAGUUCUAUAAAAAGAAGAGUACUAUAUGACGAGUAAAGUAAUAAGAAACUUCUCUUCUAUAUAGAUACUUCCUACUUAACAAAUGUCGGAAACGGUGGCAAUCAUCUGCCAGAGGUGAAGAAUCUGCUGUUGAAAGGCAGAAAAUGCCGCUCAUAACAGAUAAAUUGUUGAAAAGAUUUUCCUUGCUAUCAAAAUAUAGAAAAAGUCAAAUUCUCUUUAUUGCUCGCACGUUCGAAGAAAGUGAAAGAGAAACCGAUUUACUUAACAAAUAAAACACUCAUAUAAAAAAAUUAAUCUUUAUUAAGCAUCAAUUGAUAGACGCAGUUUUCUUUCCAAAAACUGAUGGGUUGUAUCAUAUUAUAAAAUAAACUGUUUGAAUACUAUCUAUAAUCCGAUGACAAAAGUCGCGUACGAACUUUGCACGCUUAUUGCUACAAAAGAAGUGUUUCUUUAUUCGAAUUCUCAAAUGGAUAGAUGUUCCACAACUUCCACGAACGCGGGUAUGCUAUGCUGUGGCAUGGGUUUGAGUGUGAUUGAGUCUGAACGAAGUCUCAGAGUAACACUCAUACACCGCACAAACGCCCACACCCACAUCCACAUCGACAUCCAUGCCCACGCCCCACACCCACAAAAGAAGACGAUGUGUGAAUUUUUAUUUCUCUAUAGAAUUAAUCACAUCCUUGAAAAAUAUUAUCAGUCAAAACAUUAAGAAAAAUCGUCCAAGAAACACUUUUUAAAAAUCUAUGUGUGCAAAACAACACUCGAUAAAAAAAUCACUUAAAAGGUUUAAAAAAAACAUAUAUCAAAAUAGAAUUGGAAAAUUCAUGCUUAUUCUUGAUUUUUCUUCAGUUUUAAUGGUAUAUUUGUUAUAUCUGAAGAAAACAAGCUCAUGACUUCUUCUAUAUUCAAGUCCGGUUCUAUUUGUGUUUCAGAGCCAUCCAUAGCAACUAACUCAUAUUGAUGCAAAUGUUCGAUAGAGAGUUGAAAUUUAACACAUGCUUCAUUUAAUAUAUCCGAAAUUAAAGUUGUAGUAUUGCAAGGUAUAUCAAUUUGCUGAUUUUCGAACAUAAUCACACUGUGAAGAUUUGCUUGACAGAACAAUUGAAAUAGCAUCCCAGUUGUUGACGAAUCAAUAUCUUCCAAAGACAUAUCAUCAUCAUCAUCCAAUAAAGCAUCGUUAUGCAUUAAACAAUAAUAAUUCGCAUUUAAAUGAAAAAGUUGGCAUGCAACUUGAUGCAAGCGUGGAAUUUUCAUUGAAGCGGGGGUGGGUGUGGGUGUGUGGGUGUGGGUGUGGGAGUGUGUGGGUGGGUGUGGGUCGAGUCUAGAACAACCACGUACACCCCCACCCCCCCCCCUCCCCCCCCCCCCCCCCCCCCCCCCCCCCCCCCCCCCCCCCCCCCCCCCCCCCCCCCCCCCCCCCCC